AUUCUCUCCCUUCUCACCAGUCAUUCUUUUACUGCCAAAUAUCAACGUUCCAUUCUCUCAGACAUUCUUGGUUUGUCAUUCUUUCAGCCGCAAGCAUUCCCACUCCCCGAUGGAAUUACACUCUGUCCUGCCAUCGAAUGCUCCAGCCUUGCCACCGACCCCCCUUCCAGAGUCUGCUAUUCCGAGCCGGGUAUUGCAAGAACGUUCAGGUAAUAGGGGAAACACUUAUACUGAUGACUCGAAUGUUUGGAAGUCAUCGUUUCCGCCGGUAGAGAAUUUUUAUUCUCACAAUGUGGGUGGUGAUUUCUUCGCUGAGGGCAUCGCUGCUCACCUUUGUGACGAGAAGUCGGAGGAGCAGAUUAAUCAUGAGACUGCAAAGCUGUGGCGAUUACUUGAGCAGUCGGAGAAGUACCGGAAGUAUCGCGCAAGGCAACCCAAGACAAAGAAGGAAAGGGAACAAAAAUGGCCAGAUAAUCUAGAACACGCCUUCUUUAGAGGUUUGGUUCGAUGGGCGCCAAUGGGCCGUCGAAAGCUCAUGAUUGAAGGGGAAUUUCGCGGUCGAAACGAAUUAGUGGCAGACUCGAUCCGAAAGGACACGGGUAUCAGGCGAACAAGGAAGCAGGUCUCAAGCCACAUUCAAGUCCUUAAAAGCAUUCUGUCUGAUAUGCCACGGGUUUUGGUGCACAUGUCCACGGAAGACUUGGGUAGGAAAACGCACCGCCAUUCUGCCGGUCACCCUGGCCACCUGCGAAACCGUCAUGGACUGAAGCCAUCUUCGUAUGAUCAUACCACCCCACCUAGUAUGAAUCCCUGGCAAGGUUACUGCCCAUUGCCGUCUUCUCAGAUGGUUGGGCGGUCUGCAGACCAUACUUAUGGUCUGACCAACUUUGCCAUGUUUGUCCAAGAUGCGAGUAAAAGACCUGUUCACUACUACACCCGGCUCGCCGAAAACUCUAGGCUCGAGGAUCUCAACGUCACCGACAUGGGUUCGUGGAACCAACAGUACCCAGAGUUGGCCUUCCAUGGAACUGAGCAGUUAAGAGAUCGACAGAUAAUUGUAUGCGAUACUUCAAUCAAAAUCAUGACGGAUAAGCCUCCCCAGGAUUCUGAAUUAUCAGUACAAUUCGAUGUUACGAGUCCUCACGACCUCUCAGCUUUCGAGCCAUUGCAAAGCCGUACUCGCUUUUAUGAUAGUGGGGAACUUGCAGACCAGAUCGACGUAGGGGCUGUCAAGAAAGAGACCCACUGUGAUUGUGAGUACGAUGCAGAAACUGGCCGAGUCAGGAUGAAGUUUGGAAGUCGGUUUUGGGUCGGUCGAAUGAGCAGGUUUUCUCGGGAGUGCAGGGAUUCCCGCAUGCUCGAUGAGAAGAACGCGAGAAUGCGCGUUGACAUCAACGUACGCCGUCCGCUGCAAUGCAUGACAGCUGUGCAAGACCUAUACGGUGUGGCAAGAAGUACAGGCAUAUCAAUGUGCUUCCUUACGAUCCUUUGGCGAUUCCAUCAAACGAGAAGCACCUGUGAGCUUGGGACGACUAACUGGCGAAUUGCUAGAUUCCCAUCUCCUGAGCAGAGAUGGGUCAAGACAGAGGGAAUAGGUACUGCCAAAGAUAUCAAGGGAUUAAUGGACAGCACGUCAUCUCCACCAGGCUCUGUGUACUCUUCCCUGCCGCUGAGGUUUCCCAAUCAGCCAUUUUCGCAGCACCCUCACCAACUCGAUCUCGAAAGCCUCUCCACGAUUGCCCUCGAGGGCAUCGGCGACUAUCCGCACUCAGCAACAGCGCCUAGCAUGGCAACCGAUUAUUUGCAAACGCAUUCUCUUCCAGGUCUCCAUCACGCCCAAGGCACAGCCGUCUCUCAAUCCCAGGGCUUCCAUAGCACGAACGAUAUCGACUUCACCAGCGAGCACAUCAACCUCUGCCUCGAGCCAGCGAUCCAUCUUGAUGCGUACGAAAAUUAUGGCUCCCGCGCACCAUCUCUCAAUCCUCUUAAUUCCAUCGUUAGCCUCGAGCAUUCACACACCGACAAUUCAUUUAACGACAUUUCACUCAGCGUCACGACGUCCACUUGCUAUCCAACCAAACCCUGGCCUUAUCCCGACCUCAUCGAGAAGCUUGAAGGCGUCGCCGAACAAACCCAUCGCAGUGUCUUUGACCACGGUACACGGUUUCGAGACAUCGCUAGACACAGUGUUUUGCAUGAUGGACAAGUCGCAAAUGGAAUGUGGAAGUUACAGAGCUCGUCCCAUGAAGAUACCGCUAUGGCGGAUGCUAGAAUAAUAGAAGAGCCCAUGAGCCAGGAGGGAACCGAGGAGCAUGGAAUGGGUGUUGUGGGGUUGAUUGACCGAGAGCAAAGGACGAGGGAGGGAAAAUACCAACCUUAUUAGGGCGAAAUCGCCGGAUAUUAGAAGGCCUUGAGUUUUAAUUCUUAAUUUUUAG